GUUCCGCGGUUCCCGGAAGUUCCCGGCGGUGGCGGAGCGAUCCGCGCUGCUCACCGUGUGCUGCCGCUCCCGCCGUAUCCUUCCGCCACCUGCCGCGUCGGCGGCGCGGUGCAUCCGCCAUGUUCAAGAACACGUUCCAGAGCGGGUUCCUCUCGGUGCUGUACAGCAUCGGCAGCAAACCGCUGCAGAUCUGGGACAAGAAGGUGCGCAAUGGUCACAUCAAGCGGAUCACCGAUAAUGACAUCCAGUCGCUGGUGCUGGAGAUUGAAGGAACAAAUGUCAGUACCACAUACAUCACGUGCCCUGCUGACCCAAAGAAGACCCUGGGCAUCAAGCUGCCUUUCCUAGUGAUGAUCAUCAAGAACCUGAAGAAGUAUUUCACUUUCGAAGUGCAGGUGCUCGAUGACAAGAACGUACGCCGGCGCUUCCGGGCGAGUAACUACCAGAGCACAACAAGAGUGAAGCCCUUCAUCUGCACCAUGCCCAUGCGGCUGGAUGAUGGCUGGAACCAAAUCCAGUUCAACCUCUCAGACUUCACGCGCAGGGCUUACGGGACAAAUUACAUUGAGACAUUGAGAGUUCAGAUCCACGCCAACUGUCGCAUCCGACGGGUGUACUUCUCUGACCGGCUGUACUCUGAGGAUGAGCUCCCAGCUGAGUUCAAGCUGUACCUGCCUGUCCAGAACAAGGCCAAGCAAUAACACUACAUUGAGAAGAGGCACAAGAAAUGUUUGGGGUCGACAAAAGAAGCUGAAAGAGAAAGCCGUGCUGAGACCCAAGUUUUCUGUCAGCUCACCUUGCCUGGGGUAACUUUGAUUCAUCUGGUUUCCCUCUUCUGGAUAGGACACGGUUAACCACAUAGCAGGUCUGGGACUGUGCUGUUGGUGUGCGAGUCCUACAGAAUCAAAGUUUUCCUACUAACUGUUCCUAAAGUGCUGAGCCUAAACACUGCAGGUGGCACGGUACCUGAUCUCUUGUUGCUCAAAGCGGCCACUGCCCCUCUGAAGGGAGGAUUCGGCAGGGAUUACAGAGCUAAGCGUGCCCUCUUGAAGAUACUAGUUUUAUCUUCCUUUCCUCGUUUUCCAUCUCUUAUUUUAUAUACGCUCUAAAUAUGGAUGUAAUACUCAUUCUUGGAAAGUUAUUAAACAUUUGACUGUUUGUAA